AACCACUGCUCAUUGUUUCUGAUGUCAUCUGUUUUUCUCUGUUUGCUUCCAGAAGAGUCGACGGACGUCUCUAAAACCAUCGAGAAAGCUAAUGCUGGCAUAAAAACGCUCCUGGUCCACGGCGACAUUGUGCCAAAUUUAAAUAAGAAUGCCGACCCCUGCGUGACCAGAGGCUGCUUGUGGCCCAAAAAUGGAAGUUACGUCUACGUGCCCAUCGCCAUCGGCCCUGAAUACAGCAGCGCACAGCGCACCAUCAUCACUAACAGCCUGCUGGCCUUCAAUCAGUCCACCUGCAUUCGCUUUAUCUGGCGUACUACGCAAAAGGAUUACCUCAACUUCUUCUCUGGGACUGGGUGUUGGUCCUACGUGGGCCGGCAGGGAGGCGUACAGCCGGUCUCUCUGUUGAGAAACGGAUCUGAUAAUUAG